UUUUAGCAGUGCGACUAUUUACCUAUAUUCAAUAUUUUCAGUAAUCGCGAGUGUGAUAAUGCUAUUUUAAUGUGAGACUAAACUUAACACGCAAAUGUUUUUUGAUUAUAAUUUGGUUUUAGUGCUGUGCAAAUAACAUUUCAAAAUGUGUAACUGUAAAACAAUGAUGACAAAAAGAUAACAGGAAAAUCACAGGAUUAAUAAACAAGUGUCUUAUGAACUGCAUUAUCGACAAUCAUCGACAAUCGCCGAAUGACUAAAAAAUAAAUAAAUAAUAAAUAAAUGACUAAACUCGUUGUGCGUCCAAUGUGUUAAAAAUGUGCAAAAGUGUUCUCCACGGCUGUUUGUUUACGUUUUCGGUCAUGGCCACGUGGUGUCUAGGUCUACAAGACCUUCCGGGAUUUCCCAGAAACUCUGGGCGAAUAAUUCCCGGAUUUCGACCGCCUCGCCCGAUCUACUUUGAUGGUCCAGAUCCACCAGAUCCUCAUUAUCCAGUACAGCAUGCUGGUCCGGCGAGGAACUUGGAAGCAGUUCCAUUACCGCUCAAGGAGUCAGAUCAUGAGCUGACAUUUAACGUCACCUGGCUGCCACCAUUAGGUCCGCCAGCUCUCGACUAUUCCUUGGAGGUCCAUAGUGAGACGGAUACUGAAGACUGCAGGAUGACCAUGUGUUAUGAGUAUAACAUUCCGGGGGGCGCAACGUGGUGGACAAUCCCUGCGCAUGCCAGCCCCGUCCCUGAAACGUGCGCAGUGCGACCGGGCUGCGCGUAUAAAAUAAGACUGCUUACACAUCCGUGGGAUGGCAGGACGGAGGCUAUUCUGCGCACGGAGUUGCCUGAAUGCGUGUCAGGCAUAUGUUCAUGCGCACAUGCCCCCCGCCUCCCCACGCCGGUUGUGCGCGCCAAGACCGUCUUGGUGAAAGGAGACGUAUUUGUUAACGUCACAUGGACGCUACCGCCCCCGGUCUACCCACAGAGGCUGCCGAAGGGGCUGCAAAAACAGUAUUAUUUUGUCAGUAUCGGCGAGCAAAUGGUCUCCGACGCGCAUCCAUCACCCUGGUUCUCCCACAAGGUCACCAGGCACGUUGAAACCUCAGGCCUUAUCGUAGAAGGAGAAGGCUCACGCUAUUAUCUUCUUCCGGUAACGGACAGAAGAGAAGAGAAGAGAUUGAAGGACGUUAAACUGCUGGCUAGAGUCAGCGUUGUGGAUGAGAGGACGUGUAUUGGACCGGCUGGGAAUUCUACGGCUUAUGAUCCAGCAAAAGUUGCUGAUUCCGCAAUUGAUACUCAUAUCCUAUGGCUCAUCUGGCUGACCCUGGGCCUGCUUCUGAUCUGCGUGGCAGGCUGCGUCGCAACCGGCACAGGCGUCGCGAAACGCGCGCUGCGCGCGCUCCGCCCCGCGCCUGUUGCUGGUUGCCCGCCUGCGCAUGGAUGGGGAAACAACCAGCUUCCACGAAGAAGAGGACAGAUGGAAGAGAGUCCGCUGUACGUCAUGAAAGAAGUACAUGUGGACGAAUGGGAAGUGCCUCGGUCCCGUGUCCAUUUGGGCCCUUUAAUAGGGAGCGGGGCUUUCGGGCGAGUCCAUGUUGCUCAGUUAGCGGCGCCGGGCGGUGAAACUAUCACGGUGGCAGCUAAGAUGCUUACAGAAAACGCAUCAGACGAAGAAACCCAAGACUUCCUCCGCGAAAUCGAAAUGCUCAAACACGUCGGGUACCACAAGCACGUGAUCCGAUUGGUCGCGUGUUGCACCUGUCAAACUCCACUCAUUGCGCUUCUUGAACACGCGCCUAGAGGAGACUUACUUAGCCUACUCCGGGCGGCUAGAGGGAGAAGACAUGAGCCGAAAGAGAGGCAACUAUCCGCUGGGGAAUCGGAAUACACAAACCUGAGCGACUCCGACCCUCCCCUAGAGAAAGCACCGUCCUGCGGGUCGCCUCCACAGAGACACUACGUGGCCGAGCCGGCGCUGCAUCUAGACAGCGCGACAAUGCGAGACUACGCGCUGCAGGUCGCGCUCGGCAUGCGGCAUCUAGAGGAGCGCGGGAUCACACACAGGGACCUCGCAGCCCGCAACAUCCUCGUCGACGGAGCAGGGACACUCAAAGUGGCCGAUUUUGGCCUCUCCCGUUCCGGAGUAUAUGUCCACACUAGAGCGCGACCAGUCCCUCUAAGAUGGCUGGCGCCUGAAGCAAUAUUACACGCGCAAUACUGCAGCGCUAGCGAUGUUUGGGCGUUCGCCGUGUUGCUAUGGGAAAUCGCUACAUUAGGGGGUUUCCCCUACGCGGAGCUCAGCAACCACCAAGUCCCGCCUUUCCUCGCCGCCGGUAGUCGCCUUCCGAAACCCGCCCGCGCCUCCCCCCGCCUCUACCAACUCAUGGUCCAAUGCUGGGCGCCUUCGCCCACCGACCGACCAACCUUCGCCCAGAUCGUGCGGCAACUGGAUGAGCAGAAGCAACUGUACGUCGACCUGUCGGACUUGGAUUUAGACCCGCCACCGGACGACUGCGAUUAUGAUGAUGAGUGCGAGAGGUGACCACUGCCAUAGACCAAGAUAGAAUAGGACAUGUUUAAUGUUAAUAUAGUCAAUAUAUAAAAAAAAUUGUUUCCAUUUCCACAAGCAACUCCUAAAUCGUGAAAUGUGGCGUAAGCCACCGCUAAUAAAAUAGUCGAAGGCUGAGAUCCACGUAGAGCCAAAGUCAGAGCUCAAAACAGUAAGCCCAGAAUAAUAUUGUCUAAAGGCGUUGACUGACGGCCGAAGACAUGAAGCGUCCAGAAGGUCAUGCUUCAUACUGUUAAAUGUCGGGCUAACCAGACCCUAUAAGGUCAAGUAUACUGUCCGGUCCGAGUGUAAGAGCGCUGCUCCUGACCGUACAGAGUUUAGUGCG